AUGGCACUUCAUGAUGAUCUUGUUCAAAUCACUCAAAAGGGAGGUUUUACUCUGCGAAAAUGGGUGUCAAAUGACCUUCGAUUGACUCACGAUUUUUCGAAUAAAGCAGUAAAUGAGCUCCUAUCCCUCGAUUCUGACACAAUAAAAAAUCUCGGUAUCUCUUGGAAUUCUCGAGAUAAUACAAUCAUUUAUGUUGUGAAUAAAACAGAAAAAGGUAAUCAAAUUACUAAGCGAUCUAUUUUGUCAGAAAUCGCAAAACUCUUCGACCCACUCGGAUUGUUGGGCCCCUUUCUAUUUUAUGCAAAAUUGAUGAUAAAACAUUUGUGGAAAUUGCAGAUAACUUGGGAUGGACCACUUCCGACGGGUAUAGAGUCGAAUUGGGUAGAAUUUAGAAAUCAAUUACCUUGUUUGAAUGAACUUCACUUCUGUCGAUGCAUAAUUUCACCCAAUUUCAUAGAAAUUCAGGUGCAUGGCUUUUGUGUCGCAAGUGAGAAGGCAUACGGUGCAUGUAUAUACUUGUGUGUCACUGAUAGCCAGGGAAAGUAUCACGUUUGUUUCGUAUGCUCCAAAUCUCGCGCUGCACCAGCACAACCUGUAACUCUGCCUAGAUUUGAAUUGUGCGCAGCAGUCUUAUUAUCUCACUUGUAUGCUACCACAUAUGAUGCUUUCAAACACAUUGAGUUCAGUAAGAUAUUCCUUUGGUCCGAUUCUACAAGCGCUUUGCACUGGAUUAAAACGCCACCUCAUAGAUAA